AUGAAAAUCUUUUCGCUUUUUGCCGCCGUUCUUGGCGCCGAUUUUAGCACGAUGCAUAUUCCAAAUGCAGUUCGUCGGGGAUUUUCACCAUAUUCAAUGCUGAUGAAAAAUAAUUAUUUCAAACGAUCAAUCGAUGACUCAGAUACCAACCAGCUGAACGAAGAUUGGCAAACGCUUUUCAACUCUGCCAGCUCUGACGAACAACUUCGACUCAACGCAAUGCUCAACCGGUUCAAUGGAUAUUUACAGUAG